GCUCACAGACGGUUUAUUUGAAGUUUGGGGAUAAAGGUAGAACAAUUCAUAGCUGUUCAUUUUGGAAAAUAUUUGCGAUGGAUGGUUUGUGAUUUUCAUCUAUAAUCACUUUGGAUCGUAAGAUUAAUUAAUAUUUUUGUCUUUAUAUAAUUUUGAACGAGAUUGGAGCUCCUCCCACAGAAUCGACGAGGGUGUAAUUUUUUAUCUGAUAAAACCGAAGUGUUAUUAGGCUGCACUGUUUACAUUAGGCUACUCGCCUCGUCAAAUAGACAGGAAGACCCUCAUCACCUACCUGAGUGAGGAGAACAAUCAGGAAGUAAAUUCAACUUGAAUACACCACAAUUCAAUAGACAUUAACAGAAAUAUGGUGGAGUAAAAUAUUGUACGGAUAAACUGUUUGAUCGCUGUUACUUAACAUACAUCUUCAUUCGGUAAGAAGAGAACAGCGAAUUGAGAAGUGGAAGUUGCUGAGAACGAGGAAAAAAGAUGGCGGCUUAUAUUUUGAAUGGAAGAGCGUAUCGUGUACUGUCGUUGUGUCUUUUAAAUGGAUUUAUAUCUUUAGCACUGGGCCUACCAACACAAAAUCUGUUUGUUGAUAGGAACUUUAAGGAUAAUACAAACAAUUUAGAAUAUAUGAGUACAGAACUCUACUCGUCAAAAUUUAAUUUUUCUAAAGAAGCCUACAGUGGGUAUAUCCUAGAAAAUUCAAAAGUAGGGAGUAGUGUAUUGGGUUUGGAGGACUUGAUAUUACCAUUUACCUGGGAGGCAAGAGAUGCUGGCGAUCUUACCCUUUCUGGUGAUGGACACCAACAUUUCAUUUUAUCGAAUACACUCAGUGAAACUGGUAUGAAAAUAAAUUUCCUCACAACAGCAAUUUUAGACAGUGAAUCAAAAAGUAGUUAUCAAUUUACCCUGAGAGCACCAAAACUGGGAGCAUCAACCGUGGUUCACAUUGUCAGAGUAACAAAGUCUGAUGAUUCAUUAAUAUUUAGGCCGUACCUUGAUGAUAUGAUUGUACCGGAAUCUAAAUCACGUAGACGCAGGGAUAUAUUACCUGGUGUUACUGCGACUGUAAAUGAGGAUGCGCCUAUUGGUUAUGUGGUUUAUAAAUUCAAUGAAUCCUCAUCGCAUCGAUUUAUGAUGACCGAUAACAACCCAAGAUUUGAAGUUGAUUAUAACGAUGGUGAAGUCCGCGUCAGUAGUGCCCUCGAUUACGAAAUGGUGAACACCGAGACUAUUACUAUAGUUACAUGGGAUAGUCAGCAAUCAAUGACAUCCAAUACAACAUCACUGACUAUAACUAUAUUAGAUGUGGAUGAACCACCAGUUUGGAUGAUGGAAUAUAUUCCGUACAUUGCUGUUGUCAAGCCAAAUGUAGCCAAUGGUGUUUUUGUUUACCAACUCUACGCCGAAGACCCAGAUGAUGCCAAUAUUGAAAUCUCCUACGAAUUCUUCAUUGAUACUGCAGGAGACAUCUUUCGAGUAGAUGAAACAACUGGAGAGGUGUUUACCAACUUUGGACCAGGGCAGAGUCUUGUUGGCAUCACUGAGGUGAUGUUGACUGUAUCGGCCAAUGAGAAAGACACAAACAUGAGUUCUUAUACCGAUAUUGUGAUCAAGGUCGGAACUUAUCCGCCACAGUUUACUCGAGAAAUCUAUUAUGUUGAUGUCACUGAAGGAUCAAGUCCAAGAACAUUACUAGUUGUCAAAGCAAAGUCAUUUGAACGCAUGGGAAUUGUAGCCUACUCAAUUGCUGAAGACACAUCGGGCAUUAGCCAUUCAAUUAACAGUGAGGGAGUGAUCACAAUGAAUUCUGUAGUAGACAGGGAGGUUCGCGAUGGUUACGUACUCACAAUCCGUGCUGAUGAUAUUGGCAGUGAAAUUGGCAGCGGGUAUUGCAAGGUGUAUGUUACAGUGCAGGAUGUUAAUGACCACGUUCCAGAGUUCAGUCAAGUGAUCUAUGCAUUCCGUGGCAUAAGCGAGGACAUUCCUAUCUACCGAAGUGUUGGAAAAGUUGUCGUGAAGGAUGAUGAUGGGGAUGUCUUUGGUAAAAUACUGUUCACCACCCCAAGUAACGUACCUUUCUGGGUAAACGAGGGAGGCAACGUCUAUCCCAGUGGCCCUCUUGACUAUGAGAUUGAUUCGCAUCGUUAUUCCUUUAUUGUAACAGCCACGGACCUUGGCGGUUCCUCCAGUACGGCCACAGUCCGUGUUUAUAUGACUAACAUAAAUGAUGCUCCUCCUGUAUUUUCACAACCAACGUAUUCGUUCCAAGUAGAUGAGAAUGCGCCUACAAAUUACAAGAUUAACAACGUGUAUGCCACCGAUCCUGAUGGUGACGGUCUUACCUUCAGUAUAAAGCGAGAAGGUCAAGGCUAUGAUUUGUUUGAAGUUGAUCCCUCCACAGGUGUUGUAAGUAGGUCAGGAGUCACUGGGAUGUUAACCGAUGCAUCCUACACAAUCACCAUAGUGGCUACCGACGACGGUGCGUGUUGUGACCAAACUCCUCGGGUUAAUAACAUAGCUGAGGCCACUGUUGUCAUAGUCGUCAACGAUAUCAAUGACAACACACCAAUCUUUCCUAAUUGCAAUUCGUAUGAUCCCGUCAUCUUUGAGAAUGCAACACUAAAAUCAGAAGUCAUCACUGUACUUGCCACUGAUGCAGAUAAAGGCUCUAAUGGCGAAGUGACUUACAGACUAGAAGAGGAAAAGACGAAAAGCAAUUACUUCUACAUCGAUCCCGAAACUGGAGUUCUCACAACAAAUAAGUUUCUGGAUAGAGAAGAGAUUGAUACUUUCUCUUUGUCCGUUCUUGCUGAGGAUGGUGGCAAGAACAAACUUACUGGAAUCUGCCAAUUUACAGUUACUGUGUUAGAUGUGAACGAUGUCUACCCAUUGCCUGUACGCUUCACCACAACUCUUGCAAGAGACACAGCAGUGGGUGAAGUUGUUGCGAGAAUGGAAGCUUUUGACCCAGACUUAGAAGAUCAGGACGGAUUGGUAUUUUCACUAACCGACCCUGAUAAUCAGUACUUUGAGAUGGAAUCCGAUGGUACACUGAAAGUUAAAUCUAGUCUUGAAAGCUACCCAGAUAACGAGGUAUCCCUCAGAGUUGAUGUGAGAGAUAAGAAAAAUCAGAAAGCACAGACCUCUGUGACCAUAGUUUUCACCGAUGCAAGGGUCAAUCCACCACAAUUUAUUCAAGACCCCCACCCUGAUGAGUCGGUAUCGGAAGAUAUUGGUGUUCUUACCGUAGUCUUCAGUGCUCGUGCAGUAGCAGCGGAUGGGUCUCCUGUGAUUUAUGAAUUGUUAUCUGGUGAGACAAAAGAGACCAAUAACCCAGUCAAGUUUAAAAUCGACCUUGAAGGGAAUGUGUUUGUUUCAGACAGCUUGGACUAUGAGGACACAACAAGGUACGAGCUUCGAAUCAAGGCUCAGGAUGGUAAUCAGGAGAGCUUCAUAGUUGUAAAUGUUAAUGUAAUUGAUGUGAAUGACAAACAACCAGAAUUCAUUCUAUCGAGGGGAUAUGCUGCAAACAUCGCUGAAGGAGACUACCAAGAUGCAGAACGCACGGUUAUUGAAGUUUUAGCAGUGGAUGCAGAUACAGAACAAAACUUCAGAACGAUUUCAUACAGUCAGACACCCGGUCCAAAUAGUGAUGUAAUCAAUCAUGACUUUAAUGUGGAUCCUGUAACAGGAACAAUCACAACCAAUGCUAAUUUUGAUCGAGAGGAAACCUCCAACUACAUCAUAUACAUCACCGCUGAGGAUUCGGCCCCUUCUGCCAUUCCAAGUGUUCCGGCAGGAGAAAGUAAUACAGCUACGGUUGCUGUGAGGAUUAACAUCAUUGAUGAAAACGACAAUAAACCUGUUUUCGACAAAGGUGUGUAUGAAGCCACUGUGAUGGAAGAUGUUGCGAUUGGUACCAGUAUUGCUCAAAUUACUGGCACGGAUGCAGAUGAAGGUGGAAGUGCUGGUCUAAAUUACCUGAUCGCAGGUGGCAUCACACAACCAGAUAGCAUACCAUACCAAAACGCUGUUUUUGAAGUGGAGGCGCACACAGGGCGGAUUAAAGUGGCUUCCUCCUUGGAUUAUGAGAAUAUCCAGAGUUACAGACUUGAGUAUGUUGCUACCGACGGAAAGCACGAGACUGUGGCCACAGUGAUUAUCACAGUUGAAAACGUAAACGACAUUGAACCGGAGUUCGACCAGUCGCAAUACAUAGCAGAGAUAGUGGAGGAGAAUAGUGGUGAAAGUUUUGUACUAGAAGUAACUGCAGUAGAUCGGGACGAAGGUAGUGCAGGUGCUCCGAGUGCCAUAAAGUACUCACUUGAAGGCGAAGAUCCCGACUACUUCACCAUCAGGGAAGACAGUGGUCAGAUCUUUGUCCUUAAGUCACUGGAUCAUGAACAGAAGAAUGAAUGGAGGUUCUUAGCUCGUGCCACAGAUGAAAAUGGUUUUGGUAGAAGCGGAUACACAGAUGUGAAAAUUGUAGUGAAUGAUAUCAAUGAUAAUGGACCGGUAUUUAAUGCAGCACGUUAUGAAGGAACAAUUAAGGAAGGGGAUCCUCCAACAGAUCGUUAUGUGAUGACCAUGACGGCAUCGGAUGCAGACUCGCCUUUAUAUUCUGCAAAUACGUACAGUAUCGAGCAGAUCCCUCCCUCAGAGCUUCCCCCGGGUGUUCUUGAUGGCAGCGCCCUCUUUGAAAUUGGCAGAACCAGUGGCAGAAUUGAGGCAAAGUCAACUGCUAAUCUUGACCGGGAGGCCAAUGACAUAUACUAUCUGCAGGUGAAAGCCGAGGACAUGGAUCCCACUGAGAGUAGAUCGGCCACUGCAACAGCAACCAUUAGAGUUGAGGACAUCAACGAUAACGCACCCAUAUUUGACCCAACUAAUUACGCAACGACUAUUCCGGAGACCCUGGCAAGAGGUAGCAGAGUGCUGGAUAUACUGGCUAGCGAUCGAGACAUUGGUGUUAAUGCUGAACUUACCUUCACAAUUGAAUCUGGCAACAAUGAUGGUAAAUUCAUGAUUAAACCAAAUCCUGUCAACAUGCAGAAUGCAAUAUUGGUCCUAAACAAGGAUCUUGAUUAUGAGAGUGGAGACCAGACAUUCAGUUUAAGAAUACAAGCUACCGAUAGCCUAUCGUCGGCGACGGCGGAAGUUGUUAUCACAGUGACCGACGAGAAUGAUGAGGCACCAAGGUUCACUAAUUUACCCGAAGAAUUUAGUUUCCCUGAAGGAUUCAUUCCACAAGAUGCCAUCAUUACCGUUUCUGCAACGGAUGAUGAAAAUGGAGAAAAUGGCAGAAUCGACAGAUAUGAAAUUGAUCCUUCUACCAAUGAGGGCGGUUUAUUUGAAAUUGAUCCAGCAACGGGAGUGCUGAGGCUGAUAAAAAUGCUUGACCGAGAGACUGUGCCAGUACAUAACCUAAGAAUAUUGGCGAUCGAUGCAGGUACCCCACCCAUGACCGGUGAAGGAGUCUUGACAAUCAUUGUUAUUGACAUAAAUGAUGAGUGUCCAAGUUUCCGUGAAGAUGCUUACAAUCCAGUUGUAAUGGAGAAUCAGGAUAGUCCCAUUGAAGUUGUCCAGGUAGUACCGGUAGAUCCCGAUAUCAUUGGAACCCAAAAACCAUUUGUUUUUGAAGUUGCCAAUGGUGAUUAUAAACCAGAGGGCGGACAAUUUACUAUAAACCAAGCAUUUAAAUUGACACAAGAUGGUGACACUGCCAUUGUGUCCACCCUAAAAGAGUUUGACCGAGAAUUGCAGGAACUCUAUCAAAUGGAAAUUCGGAUUUCAGAUGCUCACACACCUCCUAACUCGUGUAUCAAUAUUUUAAAUAUCCGAAUUGGAGAUGAAAAUGACAACCCCCAUCAAGAUGGCUCCAAGUCCAUGUCUGUCUACACAUACGAAGGAGGAUCAGGGACAGGUAUUGGUACAACACCUGUUGGCCCAGUUAAUGCUCCAGACAAAGAUAGUGAUGAUAUAGACGAGAAGACAUUCACGAAGAUCGAUGCAAGUGAUGAUGUAUGGGACCACUUUGAUGUUGACCGAGAGAGUGGCAACAUUUUGAUCAAGGCUGGGACUCCAUCUGGUACUUACACUAUGAAGGUGCUAGUCUCUGAUGGUAAAUGGGAAGACAGCACCGCAACUGUAACCGUCAAAGUUACCGAUCUACCUGAAGAGGCCGUAUACAACUCGGGAUCCCUGCGUUUUACGGGGACAACUGCUGGUGACUUCAUCCAAGAACCAAACAGUAAAUACAGUAAAUUACGUAAAAGCUUGGCAGCCAUAAUCGGUGCAAAAGAGGAUAAUAUCGACAUUUUUAGCGUGAUGGACGUGGUUGGUGAAGCAAAUACUAUUGACGUCAGGUACUCCGCUCAUGGAUCGCCAUACUACAAAGCAGAGAGGAUGAAUAGUGCUGUUCGUAAGAGUAAAUCUCAGGUUGAAUCCGAAACAGGUCUUGUCAUCACAAUGGUCAAGAUCGAUGCCUGCUUCAUGGAUGAGGGCGUUUGCGAAGGUUCCUGCUACAACAACUACACUGUGACCAAAGAACCAUACAUCAUUGAUUUGCAAUCACAGUCCUUCACUGGAAUAACCACCUACACUACCGCUGCUUGCGGAUGCGCUGGAAGAGAAAUCUUUCCGGAUGGGUGUUCAUUUGAUGCGUGUAUGAACGGAGGGACGUGUACCUCUACCCCUGAAGGAUUCAGUUGUGAAUGUCCAUCUGGUUAUGAAGGCGGACGCUGCGAAGAGAUUAAGAGAAGUUUUAGUGGCAGUGGGAGCUACGCAUGGGUUGAAACACUUGAGCAGUGUGAGGAGACGGUAACUUCGAUUGAGUUCAUCACCAAUAAAGAUGGAACCUUGUUUUACAACGGUCCAAUGACAGGGGAAUCCGGACAGCCUUCGGAUUUCAUACUGCUGGAACUUGUCAAUAAACGUCCCCAGCUGCAACUGAACCUGGGAAGUGUCACCAGCACUUUUGAGUUCGGAGCUAGUGAUCUUGGAGAGUUGACUGACAACGAGUGGCAUCACCUGGAAAUCCGAAGAAAUGGAAAGGAGGUAGAGAUGGUUGUUGAUCACUGUCUGUCUGCAAAGUCUACAAUCUCAGAAGCUGGUAGCUCAAGCAUUAUUGAUGAUUCCAGCUGUCGCAUCGCUGGCACAGUGGCAGGAACAUCCAGAUUGUUGAAUGUGAACACACCUCUACAACUAGGAGGUCGUGCCACAUCGGGAUGGGACUACGGUUCAAUAUCAUUCGCCAACAAUGGGUUCGACGGCUGUAUACGUAACCUGAUUCAAGACGGUAAACUGUACGACUUGAGCGAUAACAAUGUCGGCGUAUCAUUUAAAAAUUCUCAAGAAGGAUGUCCACGAACCGAUCAGAACUGUAUUGACAAUUCUGAUGGAUCUAACAAGUGUGUCAACGGUGUCUGUGAUGCGAACAUUGAUACUGCUGUCUGCAUUUGUUAUCCGGGAUUCACAGGAGUUCGGUGUAAUGAAGAAACCCCAGCACAUGAUUUUGAAGUGAACAGUUUUGUUGACUACACUGUAAAAGCUGCAGCAGGUCUUGACACCAUCGGGUAUGAGGAACAUUACCACUCAAUGGUACGAACGUGGGAGGAAAGCGGACUUGUGUGGUACAUCGCUAACUUGGAUACAGGGGAACACACCACUAUUGAAAUUAUUGAUGGGACAAUGAGGCUUCGCUAUAACCAUGGAGAAGGUGAAUUUAAAAUGAGCCUUCCCAACUACAGAAUCAAUAAUGGAGCAUGGCACAGUGUUGAGUAUGAUCGCUAUGGCAACUAUGUUACAUUGAAAGUUGACAGAGGUGGUGGAACUAGACAGGUGGAAGGAUCUCCUGGAACGUUCCAGCAGUUUAUAGCGAGUCCAGAAUCUCUAAGAGUUGGAGAUUCACUCGGGAAUGAAGUUAUACCAUUGGACUUUAUAGGUUGUAUGAAUGAUUUAAGGAUCAAUAAUAACUAUCUGGGAUUCUCAUCUAGCAAGUUUGCUGAAGUCACAGACAUAGAAAAUGUGAAGGAAGGUUGUGUGAGCAAUGCCUGUGUUGAUAUUUACUGCCCCGUAACCUUUAUCUGCAAUGACAUUUGGAGGCGACAUGAAUGCAUAUGUCCGGUGGGCACUCUAUUAGAAGGUACAACUUGCGUAGCCGUGAAUGCCUGUUUUGGUGUAAUCUGUGAUGGUGGCUACAGAUGUGAAGUGAACGAAGCUGGUAAAGGCGUUUGCGUUCCAAAUAAAGACACAUUAGUUAAAGAGGCCACAUUAAGUACCGGAGCAAUCAUAGCCCUGCUAAUAUGUAUACUGAUCAUACUGAUUUUGGUAUUGAUGUUCAUUCUGUAUCAACGUAAAAUGCGUCAGAGGAAAGAACCGUUGUUUGUUGACCCUGGCGACGAUCUGAUCGAAAAUCUAGUCCACUAUGACGAAGAGGGAGGUGGAGAAGAGGACCGUGAUGGUUACGACAUUAACACCCUUAGCAAACCCAUUGGAGUUAUUGACCAUACAAUAGAAAAGAAAAGGCGGCUACCAGAAUCUGCUGUGCCAGCAUUUACUGGCCCAGAUAAUGUUGGUGAUUUCAUCAAUGGCCGUUUGUCCAAUGCUGAUGAUGAUCCAAAUGCUCCACCAUACGACACUCUCCACACGUUCGAUUACGAGGGUGAUGGUUCCACGGCAGGAUCGCUUAGUUCGCUGCAUAGUGGAAGCUCGGACGACUCACAGAAUUACGACUACCUGAACGACUGGGGUCCACGCUUCAAGAAAUUAGCUGAUAUGUACGGUGGUGCAGAGGGAGGUGAAUACUGAGAGAUUCUGUGUUUAAUUUAAGGUUCAAAAACAAAAUAAAUCUAAUAUACAUUUCAAUAAUAAUGUAGAUAGUGCUUAAUGAUUGCAAAAGCUGUUUACCAUUCCAGUGUAGUUUGAAUAUACUGAACUGUAGCUCAACAGGCAAGUACAAAAUCAAUUGAUUUAUGAUUAUUGAUUAUUGAAAAUUCAUGAAAGAAAAUUGGUUGAAAUAUUACAACAGAUAUUGGGUUUACAGUUGAUAACUACUUGCUUUUACUAUCAUCACUUUUUGAGAUUUUGUGAAAUUUGUGAGUGGUCUCCCAAUUCUUGUCUAUUUUUUGUAGAUAUAAUAUCUCCCUUGAUGAUGUUGGAAUUAGGUGCUGUUAUUUAUAAUAGAUACAAAAAACACUGUAGACAGGGUUGUAAAGGUUAUUGAUGAUCACUGGUUUAAGUGCACAUAGAAGAAAAUCUUGAUAAAAUAUUACCAUUCCUUGCCAGUUAGUUGCUAGGACGAUUUCCAAUAAUGUUAUAAUUCAUAUACUUGUUAAUGUUUGUAUGUUGUAGUUACCAUCAAUUGGAGAUAUUGAAUAUUUCUAAUAUUUCAAUUAAUAUAUUUAAAGUUCUAAAUUCAGCAUCUAGUUAAGUAGCACAUGGACACGGAAUAAAGAAUAACAAGUACUGUUUUUCGAGGCUGAUAUGUCUGUAGUGCAUUCAAUUUUGUUUACCUUUGAAUGUUGUUAAAGUAAAUAUUUCUAAUAUCACUUUCUGAUUAAUAGGUUUCUUUAAAUGAACUAAUUUAUUUUUAGAUGUAGCUUAAUAUUUAUGCAAAAAUCCAAAACAUUUAAAGUUUGAAGUGGCGAGUUUCUAUUUGGCAUUAUUUUUUUGGCACAAACAGUCAGUAAAAACUGUAGUGUUAGUCGGUUACUUCAGUAAAUUGAGUUGGUGCACAAUAUCUUGGAGCAAGGUUUAAACCUCUACCACUUGCUUUUAUUUUAAUGGUUAUUUUUAUUAUGAAUAAUCAAAGUAUGCAAUAUGUGGUGAUUGUAUAUUGUGAAAGUUAUGGUGUUUUCUUUCCAAAGUGUACCAUACCUUCCUUGUUUUGGAAGUUUUUUUGUAAAUUAAUUUUUAUAGUUUCAAGUUAUUUAUACAAAAAAAAGAACAACACUUAAAGAUGUAGAUGUAGGAAUAAGCUGUACAAAUUGAGAGCUUGCGUGUUGUGUGUGGUUAACAUCAAAUGUUAAGUCAAUAUUUGCUUUUUUUUCCAUUUCUUUUCUCAUUUUUCGUUAUCAUUUCAUGUAAGUGUCAUUAGCAGAUUUCCACUGCCAAAAUUGUUACUAAGCUAAUAUGGUAGUAUUCAAUUAAGAAUUUACUUUUUUCUUUUUAUCUUUUACUUUUUGCAUUGUCUUUUCACAUUUAUACAAUAAUGGAUAUUAAUACUAGAACUCGCUUACUCGCUGUCGUAUCGUAGUGCACUAAAAUAGUAGUACCAUACAUAUUGUUAAUUGUACAGUUGCUAAUAAAAUGCAUAGCUGCAAAACA